UUCCUGACAGCCACGGCUCAGAGUUGGAAGCCCAUGGCCAGCUGAGCAGUUGUGGUUCGACUCGACAAUGGCACCGAUGCCGAUGCGAUGGUUGCGAGCAACAGAAGCACAAUGAACGAUCGCUAGGAACAAUAGGCUGUGUGACGUGAUCGGAUCCGGCCGAGACAUCCAGCUCCUAGGAGAUUAGGAGGAAUUAACCACUUACCACUUAUUACUUACCCCGCAUCUUCGCCUUCAUUCACCGUACAGUACUUCUGCAACCCUUUGCGCAAACAGCCAUACAAUUGUGCUCCCAAUUGUUAUUGCGAUCUUCCACAAUCAUCUCAUUGCAACAUGUCCCAUCUUCGAGUCGCGGAGUUAUUCUCCGUCGAGGGCCUAGUGGUCGUCAUCACGGGGGGUGGUAGUGGUGAGUCCCCUCCAUCGCCUCCGCUAGGAAGGAUGUGUCAGGACGUUGCCACUCACCAGUACUGUUCUCCUGCCAGGACUGGGCCGGAUCAUGGCGCUCACGCUCGCCGAGAACGGAGCAUCUAAGGUCUUCAUCAUCGGCCGUCGCCAAGAGGCUCUGCAGGCGACGGCGGCGCAGAGCUCCAAGCCGGAGGCCAUCAUCCCCAUCCAGGCCGACAUCUCGUCCAAGGCGUCGCUCCAGACGGCCUACGAGGCCGUGGCCGCGCAGACGGGCCAUGUCGAUCUGCUGAUCGCGAACAGCGGGAUCAUGGGGCCGGUGAACCGCCCGCCGGGGCCCAAGCCGGACGGAUCGCUGCCCAGCCUGUCCGAGGUGCGCGACCAGUUGUGGUCCGCGUCCAUGGAGGAGUUUUCGCAGGUGUUCGACGUCAAUGUCACGGGCGCCUACUUCACGGUCCUCGCCUUCCUGCCGUUGCUGGAGGCGGCCAACCAGCGCCGGCCGGCGCCGGAGAAGAACAAGGCGUCCGCCCCUACCGCCCAGGUCAUCAUCACCAGCUCGAUCGCAGGCUUCAACCGCCGCGUGCCGUUUAGCGUCGCCUACAACCUCUCCAAGGCGUCGACGAACCAGCUGAUCAAGAUCCUCGCCACCACGCUGUCCUCGUACGACAUCCGCGUAAAUGGCAUUGCGCCGGGAUUAUAUCUCUCGGAGAUGUCGACCAUGAAUUUCCAGGACGGCGACCAGGGCAUCUCUGACGGCUCUUUCCCCCGCGACAUCAUCCCCCUUACGCGUGCCGGUAGCGAGCAGGAUAUGGCUAGUUUGAUUCUGUGGAUGGCUGGCCCCUCGGGCGCAUAUCUCAACGGCAACAUCACGAUAACCGACGGAGGCCGAGUGAGCGCGGUCCCAUGCACAUAUUAGUAGUUAGGGAGAGGAGGCUAUUGCACAUAGAUCAAGACUUGCGCGUAGAUACUAUGAAAUGCUAGAUCGCAGAAAUAGAAUGUCAAGCAGCAUCGAAUACAAGCACCCC